UUUAGAUCCUUAUAUAUUUAUUUAUUUAUUCUCUCUAUCCAAGUAUCUUAUUAUGACACAAGACCAAAAGGGUAAAAUCAUAUAGUCGAAAAUAGCCAAGACAGCGAGUCUUUGGGGUGUCUAUAUGCCAAUAUUCAACCCGGGUAAUAUUCCACUGGUUCAUUGCAACUGGUUUGGUAGAAAGUCAUUAUUUAUUUAUCAACCUAGUGAGUGUCACAAAAAGUGGAAAAGUUACAAGAGUUUCUAUCCUCGUUGCUAUAGAAAUAUUUGUUUUUAUACAAGACAAAGACAUAUUGUUUGCGGUCCAAAGUUGUUGUGUAUGUUAGAUCAGAAUACAAAUAUUCCUACGAGCAAAUAUAAUAUGAUGUUGUUUUGGGGCUCGUUAGCUUUAUUUGGAAUAUAUGGGUUUAUCGCACUAUCGAGGAGAAAGAAACUUCAAAGGCUGCAAAGUGGUCAAUCGGACUGGACCAAAGUCAAGUUGCAGACUUUUGUCCAAGCUCAAAGAGUAUGCAACCCAUCCAAUGUGGACAAUUUUCGAAAACUUGUUGUACAAAGAGGAAUGGCUUGCAUUGUAUUAGCAGCAGGUGAAGGAAGUAGAUUCAAGGCAAGCGUACCCAAAGUGAUCUAUCCUUUCAAUGGAAAGCCUUUGGCACUUUAUGCGCUAGAAGCUGCCAGAAAAGUGAUUGAUGGGGCUAUACCAACUAUAUUUGUGGUAGGAUAUGAAAAGGAAUUGGUUUUGAGAACUUUGGGAAAACAAUUGGCACACGUUACUCAAGAAACAAGAAUGGGAACAGGUCAUGCAGUCUAUUUGGUAAAGAGUGCUUUACCAAGAGACUUUUCAGGUGAUGUUAUUAUUACUUAUGCAGAUAAUCCUGGUGUGGAUAGUUCUCUAUUGGAUAGAUUGAUCGAAUGCCAUAAAAGACAUAAACAACAAAUAGGAAAGAAAUAUGCAGCACUGAUUCUCACCGGAAGGAUGAGUUAUGCUGGAGUAGGUGCCAAUGCAUAUGGAAGAAUUAUUCGUGAUUCGGAAGACAAUGUUGUCGAUAUUGUGGAGAAGAAACAAAUUGAUCGAAUGGAAGAUGGUUCUUUGAAGCAUUUUGGUUGUAAAGCGUUGAGUAAACAACAACUUUAUCAAAUAGAAGAGUUCAAUUCAGGUAUUGUGAUAGCCCGUAGCAAACCUUAUUUUGAUGCAUUGGGAAAUAUUUAUGCAAGUCAGACUCGACAAGAUCCACCCAAAUAUGAAUAUUAUGCAACCGAUUUUGUGUCCCAGUUGAGAAGCAAAGGAAACUUGGAAAUUGGAAGGUGCCAAUACCGUCGAAGAAUUGGAUAAACUCGGAGCCAAGUUUUGGGC